UGUAAGGGGAGUAAUUUGUGACAAGAAUCAAGUUCUAGGAUUUUCUAUGUAAUUGUGUAAGCGAUAUCGGAGUAUGGGGUAUCUAUGCGAUCAGAAUCAGAACAGGUACCAACCGUUCAAAAAACAGGUACCCCUCUUGAGUUCAGGAAAACAGGUUGCAUUCAGGAAGUCAACACGUUGACGUAUGGCAUUUCCAGCAUAUUUAAUCUCUCUCUCUAAUGCUGAAAGCAUGUGUCUGUGCUCCAAAGCAAAACUGACUUGUAAUGAAAGGAUUCACAGGAGAGUGGCCAAUCCUGAUUGUGGCGUUCUUAAUGUGAAAAUGCACUUCAACAGCAGAGUUCCAAAAUACUUCAGCCUGUUAAGAUCUUUUAAGGUAUCUUGUGGAUUGGAGAUAAGAUACUCAAAUCCUUUCUCAUGUGGGCCGAUGAAGAUCUCUUCAGUUUGUGGCAAUAGUAGUAUACGUGAGGAAAAAUGGAGAUUUGAAUCUCAAGUGGAAGAUAUAAUGAGUGUUCUGAAGAGCCAAUUUGUAAAAGUAGCUGUGGUGAUGGCAUGUAUAUUCUUAGUCAUUCCAGCAGCUGAUGCUGUAGAUGCUCUUAAGACUUGUGCUUGCUUGCUAAAAGAGUGCAGGUUGGAACUCGCCAAGUGCGUUGCAAACCCAUCAUGUGCAGCUAAUGUUGCUUGUCUUCAGACCUGCAACAAUAGACCUGAUGAGACUGAAUGCCAGAUUAGAUGUGGGGACUUAUUUGAAAAUAGUGUUGUUGAUGAGUUCAACGAGUGUGCAGUCUCACGGAAGAAAUGCGUACCCCAGAAAUCUGAUGUUGGGGAAUUUCCAGUCCCUGAUCCUAAUACUAUAGUUGGAAACUUUAAUGUCAAAGAUUUCAGCGGGACGUGGUUCAUAACUAGUGGUUUGAAUCCUACCUUUGAUACUUUUGAUUGCCAACGCCAUGAGUUCCAUGUAGAAUCCGACAGACUCGUUGGAAACUUGUCAUGGCGAAUACCGACUCCUGAUGGUGGCUUCAUCAAUCGAUCAGCUAUUCAGAGAUUUGUGCAAGAUCCUUCGCAUCCUGGGAUACUCUACAAUCAUGACAAUGAAUACCUUCACUAUCAAGAUGAUUGGUAUAUUUUGUCAUCCAGAAUAGAGAACAAGGAGGAUGACUAUAUAUUCGUUUAUUAUCGAGGCAGGAACGACGCAUGGGAUGGAUACGGAGGUGCUGUUGUGUACACAAGAAGUGCAGUUUUGCCUAAAAGCAUUGUACCUGAAUUGCAAAAAGCUGCUAAAAACGUAGGACAUGACUUCAACAAGUUCAUAACAACUGAUAAUACUUGUGGACCCGAACCUCCCCUUGUGGAGAGACUAGAGAAGACAGUGGAGGAAGGGGAAAGAACCAUCAUAAGGGAGGUUGAAGAAAUAGAAGAGGAGGUUGAGAAGGUAGGUAAGACUGAGAUGAACUUGCUUGGUAGGUUGGUGGACGGAUUUAACGAGCUAAAGCGAGACGAAGAGUACUUGCUUAAGGAGCUAAGUAAGGAAGAGAUGGAUCUUUUGAACGAACUUAAGAUGGAGACAAACGAGAUCGAGAAACUCUUUGGAGGAGCACUGCCACUGCGGAGGAUAAGAUAGAUCAAGAAGGUUGCAAUGGGCAAUCAACUUGAUCACUGUCUGAUUUGUUGAUUCAUAUUUCAGGUUUGAACUGUAGAACUUUCUUAUACCUAGAUGAAUAUGUACAACCGAGCUACUUUUAAUUGUUCUUGGCUCUUCUUCCUUUUCCGGAAGAUGAAUGGUCAGAAAGAAGUAUAGAAUUUUAUUGUCAAUCA